AUGUUCGAGUCGGAGAUGCGGGUGCGUCGCAGGGAGCCGAAAUCAGACCCGCGGGUCGAAGACCAGUGGUCGCCGUUUACGUUCAAAAAGGAGUCUCUCAUACUUAUCUCUCGCCGUCGUUGGCUGCUGAUAAUAGCUGUGUUUGUAAGUGUCUUCGUUGUGGUCACUCAUCUGAACAACCGGCUACCGCGUGCCGUGCUGGCCAUGGAGGCUGGCGAUACGCAGUUUUCCGAAGAACGAGCUCGGCUGUUCCUCACAAAGUUAACAGCGCUCGGUCCCAGGACGACCGGCGCGAUGACUUCCCAGCACAACGUGCUUGAAGUGUUUGAACAGCACCCGACCGGCUGCUUUCCGCUGAAGUUCUUCGACCAAUUCGUGAACUGCUAUCAGAACGUGACGAACAUCAUCGUGAGAAUCGGCCGUUCCUCAGUUCCGGCUCCUUCAUUGCUGCUAAAUUGUCACUACGAUUCGUUCAUUUCUAGUCCCGGAGCUUCAGACGAUGGUGUGAACUGCGCCAUCAUGUUGGAUCUUCUGUACAUUUUCAGCAAGGUUACUGCGCCGUUGAAAAACGAUAUAAUCUUUUUGUUCAACGGCGCUGAGGAAAACGUUCUUGAAGGAUCUCAUGGGUUUAUCACCCUUCACGAUUUGCGCCAUUCCGUUAAAGCUUUCAUUAAUCUGGAAGGAGCUGGAGCCAGCGGUAGAGAAGUGCUUUUUCAGUCAGGUCCGCAGAACUACUGGCUUUUGCAGACGUACGUGAAAAAUGUUCCGUAUCCGCACUGUUCUACGCUCGCGCAGGAGAUUUUUCAGAGCGGAAAGUUUCCAGGCGAGACGGACUUUCGAAUAUUUUGGCAUUAUGGAAAUUUAUCCGGACUGGAUAUAGCAUAUUUUCGAAACGGCUAUGUUUAUCACAACGAGUUCGAUCGUCCAGAGUUUAUUGCCAGUGGGGCUAUUCAGAGAACCGGCGACAACCUGCUGACAUUAGUACGAGCCACGUUGCUGUCAUCGUGUUUGGAAACGGACUGUCCUCAGCAAACACAAGCGUUCGUAUUUUUCGACCUGUUCGGAUUGUUCACCGUAUCCUACUUGCGCUCCACUAGCGUUGUUUUCAAUCUAUCGCUGGUGUUGGUUGUAUUGCUUAAGCUUGUGUCCAGCUUCACUCCAGGUUAG